CAACAACACGUACUGUUGUUGUGUUGAAAUCAUCAGAUCAGCGCGUUAUGAAUAUAAAGACGAGCAUUGUCAUGUGACUUUAUGAUGGACCGUAUCGUCGCUUUAAACGAAAACAGCAGAAGAGCAAAGUCGCAAUAGGAUCCGCCAGCCUGUUUUUUUCGCUCUCAUUACUUGUUCUCCAUCAUGGGCCGACUAGACGACGCCGCCAAGCGCAAGGUAGUGGAGCUGCGGGAAGCUGGUUUAAGUUUCCGUAAAAUCAAAGCCGUGCUGGAGCUGGAGAACAUCAAGGUGUCGGCGCAGGCCAUCUACCUGUUCCUGAAGGAGUUUCAAGGCAGAGCCCACAAGGAGGAUGGAGCAGCUGGAAACAGCAGUCACAUGGUGCCGGUUUCGAUGCCGAGCGGCUCUGAGACGCGGACGGGCAGCUGGAGCGACCAGCAGCUCAGAAACCUCCUCAGAGAAGCUUCUAGAGUCGCUGCUUCUCAGCUGGCUGGAUCCUCAGCCAAUCCAAGAGCGGGACAGCCAUCUGGGACGGGUCCAGCGGGUCCACAGGGUGCGGAUAAAGACGAGGACAUCAGGAUUGUCAGUGUCACUUCUUUGGCACAAGGCACGCAGCAUGCUGGCGUUCAAGGGCAGCGUUCGGGAGUGGGAACGGCAGCUAUGAGUGCUGCCGCCGCUGCUGCUUUUAUACGAAAACGCCACACGCCCUCUCCUGCCAACCCUAUGCUGGUGGCACGCAAACGGCUCCUGGAUAAAGCUUUACUCCAUAGAGCGAGGGUAAGAGACAGCAGCCCUCAGGGCGGCCAGCAGGUGUCGGUGUCGGUGAGACGAGAUCAGUCCUGUUUCUCUACCUCUGAUGGGAGAAAGCUAGUGUUACCGCAGUCAGCUUCAUACGACCUCACUACACCCAGACCUCCAAACAUGAGAGCACUACAUCAAGGAGCCAGUCCACACAGGAGGUGGAUGCACCAACGGGUGGGUGUUCCUGUCCGUGUUCCUCAAAAUCCUCCUCGUGUUGGCAUCCGCCUUCCUGAGCCAUCCACGUCUGCGGCGGCAUCCCAAAACACAGCCGCCCCUGCUCGUGUCCAGAACGUGAGCAACCAGCCCUCACCUCCUCCUCCUGCUCCUCCUGCCCAGAGGAACGUCCUGGAGCCUGGAGCCGUGAGCAGCCUGCAGGAGCAGAUCCAGCUGCUGGGCAAUGAGCUGAGAAGUUUGGGACUGGCGCUGAGGAUGAUGGUGGACCAUCAAGGCCGACUGGAGAGAGAACAAGCGCAGCAAACUCAAGUCCAGAAGCAGAUCCUCAGCACCCUUCAGGAUCUUGCUUCCAAAUUCGACCCUCUGCAGCCCACAUCUGCUCCAGCAUCCUGUUCGAUGGCCUCGUCUGCGGUCUUCAGCCAGGCUCCGACCAAUCAGAGUGUGUACGCUCAGUGCAGUCAAGCCCAAACGCGCUACAACGAGAUCCACGAUUCCGGACUGGAGGGCAUCGAGGUGUUUUCUCUGGACCAGCUCAGCCCGACUGCAAUGAACGGGUUUCAGUCGUGCCCGACCUCCAGCGGGCCCCCGUUCACCCAUGCACAGGGGCGCACGGCAACGUUCACGCAGACGCAAACAUUUGCGUCCAGUGCGCUGCCGUUUGCGCAACCGCACACAGACUCCUUCAUUGGAAUGGAUGGAAAAACCGUAGACCUGGCCUCCACCAGUGCGGAUGGCUCAUUUCAGACCUGUAGUCCGGGGAACCAGACCUCGAGUCUUCCAGUUUCACCGCGCGAUUCUGAGCUGAACAUUAUCAAAGUGGAAAAUGUGUGAAGUGUGUGACUGAAGUCUAGAGAUGUGGUCACAAAAAAAACAAUCGAGAAAUUGAUUCAAAGAUUUUCAAAAUCACUAUUGUCUCUUGAAUUGAUUUUGAGCUUACUUUUAAACAGCAGAAGGCGCUCUAGGAUUUUUUUAUAUAUAGUAGAGUAUUGAAAGGAAAGCAUGGGAAGCAAAGAGAGGGGAAGAAUCAGCAUAGGACCGCAAGGCGGGAAUCGAACUCGGGUCGCCAUGAGCACCGGAGUACAUGUGUUGACACACUAACCACUGCACCACUGGCGCCAACUAGGAUAGACUUUAACAGCAGAUGGUGUUCUCUGUUGACAACAGUUGACUCCUCUCACCGUUAGUUUGCCAUGAGAAAAAGAUAGGCAACAAGAAAGCCCUCUAGCCCCUAACUCAAAAUACUGAAAUUCAAGUCUCAGUAACUUCGGAUUCAGUAACUUCACCUGGACUUAAACAGCAGUUGGUGCUCUAGCGUAGUUUAAAUAGGCGCUCUAGGCUAGUUUUUAACUGCUGAUGCCUCUCUAGGCUAGUUUUUAACUGCAGACAGUGCUCUAGGCUAGAUUUUAAAAGCAAAUGGUGCCCUCUAGAGUAGUUUUUUUAACAGCAGAUGGCGCUCUAGGCUAGUUUUUUACUGCUGAUGCCUCUGUAGGCUAGUUUUUAACAGCAGGCAGCGCUCUAUGUUAGUUUUUAACAGCAGAUAACGCUCUAGUCUAGUUUUUGACAGCAGAUGGUGGUCUAGGCUAGAUUUUAAAAGCAGGUUGAGCUCUAGGCUAGUUUUUAACAGCAGAUGCCAUUCUAGGCUAGUUUGUACCAGCAGAAAUUGCUCUGGACUAGUUUUUAACAGCAGAUAACGCUCUAGUGUAGUUUUUGACAGUAGAUGGCGCAGCAGAUAACAGCAGAUAACGCUCUAGUCUAGUUUUUGACAGUAGAUGGCGCAGCAGAUAACAGCAGAUAACGCUCUAGUCUAGUUUUUGACAGUAGAUGGCGCAGCAGAUAACAGCAGAUAACGCUCUAGUCUAGUUUUUGACAGCAGAUGGCGCAGCAGAUAACGCUCUAGUCUAGUUUUUGACAGUAGAUGGCGCAGCAGAUAACGCUCUAGUAUAGUUUUUGACAGUAGAUGGCGCAGCAGAUAACAGCAGAUAACGCUCUAGUCUAGUUUUUGACAGUAGAUGGCGCAGCAGAUAACAGCAGAUAACGCUCUAGUCUAGUUUUUGACAGCAGAUGGCGCAGCAGAUAACGCUCUAGUCUAGUUUUUGACAGUAGAUGGCACAGCAGAUAACAGCAGAUAACGCUCUAGUAUAGUUUUUGACUGUAGAUGGCGCAGCAGAUAACAGCAGAUAACGCUCUAGUAUAGUUUUUGACAGUAGAUGGCGCAGCAGAUAACCGCAGAUAACGCUCUAGUCUAGUUUUUGACAGUAGAUGGCGCAGCAGAUAACGCUCUAGUAUAGUUUUUGACAGCAGAUGGCGCAGCAGAUAACGCUCUAGUAUAGUUUUUGACAGCAGAUGGCGCAGCAGAUCGCAGCACAUAACACUCUAGUCUAGUUUUUGACAGCAGAUGGUGCAGUAGAUAACACUCUAGUCUAGUUUUUGCAGAUGGCUGACUAGCCUAGAGCCCCACCUGCUGUUAAAAACUAGCUUACAGAGGUAUCAGCUGUUAAAAACUAGCCUAGAGCACCUAUUAAAACUAGGCUAGAGCACCAUCUACUGUUAAAGUCCAGAUGAAGUUACUGAAUCAGAAGUUACUGAGACUUUAAUUUCAGUAUGUUGAGUAAGGCACGGGGGGCUUUCUUGUAGCACAUCAUUUUCUCAUAGCAAUCUAAUGGUAAGAGGAGUGUGGCUAAGAAUAUUGUGGCUGAUGCAUCAAACUGAUGUCAACAGAGAAGGACCACCACUUCAAAUGCAGAAGCACAUGGUAAGACUUGAUUGAAGGUUACCAAAACUAUUUUUGUUUUCAGUGGAUUAACGAAAUAAUUAACUGGUCGCCUAAAGAAUAGCAAUGUGCACUACUAAUCACUGUCUUUAAAGACUAGCUAAUCACUGACUAGCUAAUCACUGUCUUUAAAGACUAGCCUAGAGCGCCAUCUGCUGUUAAAAACUAGCCUAAAGCAUUUUGAACAUUUCUGAAUGGAUUUCUUAAAUGUUUCUUUCUUUUUGCCACAGCUCUUCUGAAAUCUGAAUUUCAGUAGCCAAAUCCUUUGGCCUACAGUGUAUUUUGUUGUAUAGAACUCCUGUAGCUUCCUAGAGAAACUUAUAUGAAGUAAAAAAAAGUUUCCUUUUGUUUUUCAUUUUAUUUAAUUGUAAACUGUAAUUUUGCCUUUUUUAUAGGAAAUAAAUAUCAUAGUAGACAUAGUUUUUGCUGUUAUCUUUGUAUUUUUUUAUAUUCUGUUUAUUUAAUUCUGAAACAUGAAUAAAGCAAUAGUUUGAUGGA